AUGUCUUCAUCUCCAUCCGAGAAAUCCCAAAACCCACAAUCAGAUCACACCGCCGACCACCCUAAAACCCUACACCCUCAAAACCCAGAUCAAGAAUCUACAGAGCCGUCUCCAACACUCGAAGAAACUGAAAAUCAAGAAGCCGAAGAGGAAGGAGAAUGCGGAUUUUGCUUGUUCAUGAAGGGAGGCGCCUGCAAAGAAGUUUUUAUCAACUGGGAAAAAUGUAUUGAAGAAGGCGAGAAAAACAAUGAAGAUAUAGUCGAUAAAUGUUUCGAAGCUACCUCAGCGUUAAAGAAAUGUAUGGAAGCGAAUCCAGAUUACUACGGCCCAAUUUUGCAGGCGGAGAAGGCGGCGGAGCAGGAAGCAAUCAAGCAGUUGGACAAGGAGAAAGAGGCCGCCGCCGCAGCCACAUCAGAUUCAGGGGAGGAGCAACAGAAACCGGCGAGUUCUUAA